AUGGGCGACAAACUAGAAAAGUCGACCUCUUCAGGCAUGACUUUGUAUCAAAAGUGGGAAAACCCUAAUUAUCCACUCUAUCUUCAUCACUCGGAUCAACCUAGUGCGGUGCUUGUGCCGCAGCCGCUUAUGGAAGACAACUAUGGUAUAUGGGUCCAAUCCAUGACCAUGGCUUUGAUGGUCAAAAACAAGUUAGGCCUCGUCGAUGGGACGAUCGAGAAACCAAGCGAUGACCAGAUUGAAGAAUUUCAACAAUGGAACCGAUGCAACAACCUAGUGAAAACAUGGUUGCUUGGCUCCAUGUCUAAAGAGAUCUCGGGAAGUGUCAUACACUGCAAAGAUGCACGGCAGAUGUGGCUCGACCUGCAAGAGAGAUUUUCUCAUGUGAACAUUGUUCAACUUUUCCAUAUAGAGAAAGAAAUUCAUGACUGUGUGCAAAACAGUAUGACAGUAAGCUCUUAUUUUACUAAACUUAAGAGUUUUUGGGAUGAACGUGACGCCUUGGUUUCGAUCCCUUCAUGUCGUUGUGAGACAAAGAGAUAG